CCGGAAGGCAGCACAGCAACGGAGGGACUACUGACUGUUACGGCUUGACACUUAGCUCGAGCUAACAAGCUAGCAGCAGCAGCGUCGUUCUCAGAACUAUCCUCUCAAAAUGGCGGCCAUCGUUCCAGAAGGCUCUGGCGCAGGUUCAAGCAACAAGCGCUUGCAGCAGACCCAGGCCCAGGUGGAUGAGGUGGUGGAUAUUAUGCGCGUUAAUGUGGACAAAGUGCUGGAACGUGACCAAAAGCUGUCUGAACUGGACGACAGAGCAGACGCACUGCAGGCCGGAGCCUCCCAGUUUGAGACCAGUGCCGCUAAGCUGCAGAGGAAGUACUGGUGGAAGAACAUCAAGAUGUGGGCCAUCCUCAUAGCUGUCAUAGUGAUCAUCAUCAUCAUCAUUAUUAUUUGGUCUAAAUCGUAAAACAACAAUGGUGGAGGGAGGAGUGGAGGAAACAAUGAAGAAGAGGAGAGGAGCAACGUUGAUAAAUGAGGAAGAGGUCAAGUGAUUACUGGCUACAGAGCUCCACAAUAUUCUGCCCCUCCCGCAGCGGGGCUUCAUUCCUUGUCCUGGAUUGCCCUAUGCCUCUGCGUGUGUGUGUGUGUGUGUGUGUGUGUGUGUGUGUGUGUACAUACCAGACAUCAGUAAACUUUUAUAUGAGUGCGAUGCCAAAAAAAGAAGGAAGAAACAUACAGAAACAAACCGGUAAUUUGACUCAAACACAACGAAAAAAUUACUGAAUAUAAAUAAAUCACCUUUUGACCGUAUGACAAAGUAUUCGCACACACACACACACACAUUCCAAACUCAGGACUAGAAUUGAAGAAUAUUGUUGUAAACUCUCCUAGACUUAUAUUUACUUGUUAUGUUUUACUGUAUUAAUAGUCAUGAUUUUGUGUGCCAGGCUAAGAUAAGUGCCUUCCAUUUUUUUGUUUGUCCAUUUAGAUUCUAACAGUUGUUCUUCAUUAAAAGUAAGAGAUGCCCCUUUUUCAACUCCAACUGAACACUUCUGCCUUUCAGCAUAUAAUGCCAAUAUUUUAGAUUUAUACCCUAAUUUUUAAAUAUAAUUGGGUUUGUUGUUUUUCAAGUUAUUUACAGUUUUCUGAUGAAUAAUGGAAUCUAAGAUCCAAUUUUAUUUAUGCACAUGGUUGAGUGCUUUUUGAGUUCUCUGUCUAAUACCUCAAACCUAGGGUGGAAUAAAGAGCAAUUUGUUUUGCCCCCACAACAACAAAAAACGAGCUGUUAACACGCUGUUGAACCAUUUGAUACUACCUGUCCUUGUCGCCCUCUUCAGCCGUUUUCAGACAUGAACUGACUUCGUCUUUCACAAAUGAAGAACACAGCAGAAGAUUGUGGGGGUCAGACACAUUCAAAACAACUGG